GUGCGAUGGUCCUACUCUACAGCGACGGGUCCCCGACCACGGAGAUCUCGGACGACGACCUCAAGCAGGCGCUAGUGACUGCGCUGGAUAAGUUUCAUGGCAAGGACAAGCGAAAGGUGAUGUUCGUGCCACCAGACUUUACCCGCUUCCAUUCAAAGUCUGGCAUUGUGACCCAACAUGCCUACGAGUACUUUGGGGAACAUGUCAAGGAUAUCAUGCCGGCGUUGGGAACGCAUGCACCGAUGACUCCUAUCGAGAUUUCCAAGAUGUUUGGCGCCGUACCUCACGAUCUAUUCCGCGUCCAUGACUGGCGGUGGGUCUGCAUGUUAUUUCUCCCUGCAUAUUCUUACCUACACAGGAACGACGUGGUGAAAAUCGGUGAAGUGCCGCGUGAAUUGGUGCGUGAAGCGAGCGACGGGCAGGUGGACGAGCCGUGGCCAGCGCAGCUCAACAAGCUGAUCUGGGAAGGGGGCCACGACCUCAUCCUGUCGAUCGGCCAAGUGGUGCCCCACGAGGUCAUGGGCAUGGCCAACUACAACAAGAACCUGUUCGUCGGCACCGGGGGCAGCGACGCCAUCAAUUUCUCCCACUUCAUCGGCGCCGUCUACGGCAUGGAGCGCAUGAUGGGCCGCGCCAACAACCCCCUUCGGCGCAUUCUCAACUACGCGUCGGACCACUUUCUCACGCACUUGCCGAUUGUGUACGUCCAAACGGUGAUUGGUCGACGCGACGACGGAUCGGUGGUCACGCGCGGCGUGUAUAUCGGCACCGACGACGAGUGCUUCACGAAAGCAGCGGCCUUGUCGCUACAGGUCAACUUCAUCCUGUUGCCCGCUCCGUUGCACGAGGUGGUAGUGCACCUGGACGCCGACGAGUUCAAAACCACGUGGCUCGGGAACAAGAGCAUCUACAGGACGCGCAUGGCUAUAGCCGACGGCGGGACGCUGGUGGUGCUCGCGCCAGGCGUGACGCAUUUCGGAGAGGACAAGCAGAUCGACCUUCUCAUUCGAAAGUACGGAUACCGCACCACCCCCGAAGUACUUGCCCACAUUGCUGCCAACCGAGACUUGAUGAAGAACCUGAGCGCCGCCGCGCACUUGAUCCACGGAUCCCCAGAGAACCGCUUUCGUGUCGUGUAUGCGUGUGCUCCGAAUGGACUGACCAAGGAAGAGGUCGAAGGCGUUGGCUUUGAGUACGCCAAGCUGGACGACAUGCUCGCGCUGUACCAAAUCGACGGGCGGCAGGACGGAUGGAACACCACCGAGGGGGGAAAGCGGUCGUUUUAUUACGUGUCCAACCCGGCGAUGGGGCUGUGGGCGUACGAGGGGCGCUUUGAGGCGUCGCAACUGCCCCACGUCCCCCCAGCGGAGGCGCCGGUCCAAGUGCUUACGGCGCUCCACGGAAAUGAAGUGUGUGUCGACGCGGGGGUCGGGGGGGGUCCGUUCACCAAGGCCGACCACGACAAGUUGCUAGAGUAGGAGACAGUAAUCCGUGUUGUAAUAUGGAAACAAGUUUCAAGGUUGAGGG